AUGCUCGAUGGCCCUGAUUCUGACUACAGUUCCUCUUCGGAGUCAGAAUCUGAUGAUGACAAAACCAUGAUGCCUUCUGCUACCGACCCCGGGCAAGAAGAAGUCUUGUUCGAAAGAAGCGACGACAGUUGCCUUGAGCUGUCCACCGCUGUUCAAGAAAUUGAGCGGCAGCGAAGCAGCUCUGCUGCACCGAAAAAACGCCUGAAGUUGAGAAUGACCUUGGAAAAGAAGUCGUCGAAGCCGAAGAUCGAAGAAGUGUAA